AGUGACAGUGGUGGUGGCCAGGAGCGAUGCCCUGGCCUCUGUGGAUGGAGCCCGGAGGCCCUGUGAGGCCUGUGAUGGGCAACACACCCUGCUGUCACUCCUGCAGGGGACACUGGGGGAGCACAGGCACCUCCAGGCAGCCUCCUGCCUCCUGCUGACCCCAGGCCACCACAGCCCUCUCUCCAGCAUGGCUCCCCCACCGGCCGGGCCUCUCAGUGCUGCUGCUCCACCCGAGGACCCAGGGCCGCCUCCGGACUGCAGAUGGCUUUUCCUGAGCGCCAACAUUCUGCCUGUGGUGGAGCGGUGCAUGAGUGCCAUGCAGGAGGGAACGCAGAUGGUGAAGCUCCGCGGCAGUUCCAAGGGCCUGGUCCGCUUCUACUACCUGGAUGAGCACCGCUCCUGCCUGCGCUGGAGGCCCUCACGCAAGAAUGAGAAGGCCAAGAUCUCCAUUGACUCCAUCCAGGAGGUGAGCGAGGGGCGGCAGUCUGAGAUAUUCCAGCGCUACCCCGACGGCAGCUUUGACCCCAACUGCUGCUUCAGCAUCUACCACGGCAGCCACCGCGAGUCGCUGGACCUGGUCUCCCCCAGUGGGGACAAGGCCCGGACCUGGGUCACGGGCCUGCGCUACCUCAUGGCCGGCAUCAGCGAUGAGGACAGCCUGGCCCGCCGCCAGCGCACCCGGGACCAGUGGCUGAAGCAGACGUUCGACGAGGCCGACAAGAACGGGGACGGCAGCCUGAGCAUUGGCGAGGUCCUGCAGCUGCUGCACAAGCUCAAUGUGAACCUGCCCCGCCAGCGGGUGAAGCAGAUGUUCCGGGUGGUGACAAGCCUCGCGGUGCAGGAGGCAGACACGGAUGACCGGCAGGGGACGCUGGGCUUCGAGGAGUUCUGUGCCUUCUACAAGAUGAUGUCCACGCGCCGGGACCUCUACCUGCUACUGCUCACCUACAGCAACCACAAGGACCACCUGGACGCAGCCGACCUGCAGCGCUUCCUGGAGGUGGAGCAGAAGGUGCAGGCUGUGACCCUCCAGAGCUGCCUCGACAUCAUCCAGCAGUUCGAGCCCUGCCCAGAAAACCAGAGCAAGGGUGUGCUGGGCAUUGACGGCUUCACCAACUACACGCGGAGCCCUGCAGGCGACAUCUUCAACCCCAAGCACCACGGCGUGCACCAGGACAUGACGCGGCCACUGAGCCACUACUUCAUCACCUCGUCCCACAACACCUACCUUGUGGGGGAUCAGCUCAUGUCUCAGUCACGGGCGGACAUGUACGCCCGGGUCCUGCAGGCCGGCUGCCGCUGUGUGGAGGUGGACUGCUGGGACGGGCCCGACGGGGAGCCCAUUGUGCACCACGGCUACACGCUGACCUCCAAGAUCCUCUUCAGAGAUGUUAUCGAGACCAUCAACAAAUAUGCCUUCCUGAAGAACGAGUACCCAGUGAUCCUGUCCAUCGAGAACCACUGUAGCGUCAUCCAGCAGAAGAAGAUGGCCCAGUACCUGACCGACAUCCUUGGGGACAAGCUGGACCUGUCGGCCGUGAGCAGCGAGGACGCUACCAUGCUUCCUUCUCCCCAGAUGCUCAAGGGCAAGAUCCUGGUGAAGGGGAAGAAGCUCCCGGCCAACAUCAGCGAGGACGUGGAGGAGGGCGAGGUGUCGGAUGAAGACAGUGCUGAUGAGAUCGAUGAGGACUGCAAGCUCCUCAAUGGGGACGUCUCCACCAACCGGAAGCGUGUGGAAAACAUUGCCAAGAAGAAGCUGGAUUCUCUAAUCAAGGAGUCAAAGAUUCGCGACUGUGAAGACCCCAACGACUUCACAGUGUCCACCAUGUUCCCGUUGGGGAAACCUGGACCCAGAGCAGAGGCCAGAAAGAGCAAGGCUGAGGAGGACGUGGAGUCGAGAGCGGACACCCGGGCCAGCAGACGCGACGGCCGCCUGCUCGUGAGCAGCUUCUCCAAGCGCAAGAGAAAGGGCAGCAAGCUGAAGAAGGUGGCCAGCAUGGAGGAGGGCGUCGAGGACCCAGACUCGGCAGGAAGCCACCCCCGAGGGACAGUCCGGCAGAAGAAGACCAUGAAGCUGUCCCGGGCCCUCUCGGACCUGGUGAAAUACACCAAGUCCGUGGGCACUCACGACGUGGACACUGAGGUGGCCUCCAGCUGGCAGGUGUCGUCCUUCAGCGAGACCAAGGCCCACCAGAUCCUGCAGCAGAGGCCAGUGCGGUACCUGCACUUCAACCAGCAGCAGCUCUCACGGGUCUACCCCUCGCCCUACCGUGUGGACUCCAGCAACUACGACCCGCAGCCCUUCUGGAACGCCGGCUGCCAGAUGGUCGCCCUGAACUACCAAUCGGAGGGGCGGAUGCUGCAGCUGAAUCGGGCCAAGUUCAGUGCCAAUGGCAACUGCGGCUACGUGCUCAAGCCCCCAUGCAUGUGCCAGGGCGUCUUCAACCCCAACUCUGAGGACCCCCUGCCCGGACAGCUCAAGAAGCAGCUGGCCUUGAGGAUCAUCAGCGGGCAGCAGCUCCCCAAGCCGCGGGACUCCAUGCUGGGCGACCGCGGGGAGAUCAUUGACCCCUUCGUGGAGGUGGAGGUCAUCGGGCUCCCCGUGGACUGCGGCAAGGAGCAGACCCGUGUGGUGGAUGAUAAUGGAUUCAACCCCAUGUGGGAGGAGACGCUGGUGUUCACCGUGCACAUGCCUGAGAUUGCGCUGGUGCGCUUCCUCGUCUGGGACCACGACCCCAUCGGGCGCGACUUCAUCGGCCAGAGGACGCUGGCCUUCAGCAGCAUGAUGCCAGGCUACCGGCACGUGUACCUGGAGGGGAUGGAAGAGGCCUCCAUCUUCGUGCAUGUGGCCAUCAGCGACAUCAGCGGUAAGGCCAGGCAGGCUCUGGGCCUAAAAGGCCUCUUCCUCCGCGCUGCAAAGCCAGGCUCCCUGGACAGUCAUGCUGCUGGUCAGCCCCCGCCCCGGCCCUCCGUUAGCCAGCGGCUCCUGCGGCGCACGGCCAGCGCCCCGACCAAGAGCCAGAAGCCGGGCCGCAAGGGCUUCCCAGAGCUGGCGCUGGGCACACAGGACGUGGGCUCUGAGAGGGCAGCUGACGAUGUGGUGUCCCCCAGCCCUGGCCCCACUCCAGAGACCCCGGCCCGUGACGCACCAGGCAGCAGCAUCCCCCGAGGUAAGGCACCGGCAGCGGCUUCAGUGGAGCGAAGGAGCCCCGCGCAGGUGCGGCCCCCACGUGCCCUUGAGGGCUCUGGGCCCGCGGGGAUGGCUGCUACGUGCAUGAAGUGCGUGGUGGGCUCCUGCACCCGUGUGGACUCCGAGGGCCUGUGGAGGGAGCAGCCGCCCAGCCCAGGGCCUGCAGGCAGGCUCACCGCCAUCCGCCAACAGCCCCAGGCCUGGGUGGACAAGCCGGGGAGUCCCUGCGGCCCCCGAGCCACCCCGGGGAGAAGCAAAGAGGCCUCUAAGGGCCCUGGGGCCCGGCGUCAGGGCGCAGGCAGCAGCGGCUCUGUGUCCUCGGACUCCAGCAGCCCAGACAGCCUGGGCAGUCCCCAAGUGGCCCCCUGCCCGCCUGAGGGUGUCCACAGGCAGCUGGGGGCCCUGCAGGGAGAGAUGAAUGCCUUGUUCGCUCAAAAGCUGGAGGAGAUGAGGAGUAGUUCCCCCAUGCUCUCCGCCGAUGCCUGCCCCCUCUCCACACAGCGGUCCGUCUCCCCCUUGUGCAGCCUGGAGCCCAUCAUGGAAGAGCCGGCCGUGGGCCCCGGUGCUCCCGCGCAGGCGGCCACCCCCAGCAGCCCUCCCGGGGAGCGGUCCCCGCACUUCCCAGGACCUGUGGCCAAAGCGGCCAGUCCCCCACAGACAGCUCGGGGACCCCCGGGGCCCCUCCAGCUCAGGACUGGGGGCCAUGGGGAUGACAAACAGGCUCCCAGGAGGCUGCUCGAUGGGGGGGGGCCCACUGGGGCAUGCGAGGGGGCCUCGGGCAGCCAGCAGGACAGUGGAAGCCAGCCACGAGUUCUGGGCCUUCUGCCCUCGGUCAGAAGGGCCAAGAGUGAGAGCCAAGUGUCCCUGGAGCCCCCGGGCACGUGGCGGCCACUGGCCGGCCCGACCCCCAGCCCUGCUGUCCACUCGGACGCCACAGGCAGUGACCGGAUAUGGCAGCGGCUGGAGCCAGGCAGCCACCGGGACAGCGUGUCCUCGUCCUCCAGCAUGUCCUCCAGCGACACCGUCAUUGACCUCUCCCUGACCAGCCUGGCCGGGACCCCGCUGGGCCGCCUGCCCUCGAGACCCUGCUCGGCCCCCACUGCCCACCCGGACCUGCCUCCUGUGGCUAAGAGCAAGUCGAACCCCAACCUUUGGGCAGCGGGCCAGCUGCCUCCCGCGCCCGACGCACCGCAGCCCCGGCCUCUGGCGCCACGGCUGCCCGGCCCCCGACCCCGGCCCUCCUGGGGCCGCCUCGCCCCGGGGUGCCUGCAGGACUGCCCGGUGGCUGCCAAGUCGAAGAGCCUGGGGGACCUGACAGCAGAUGACUUUGCCCCCAGCUUCCAGGGCAGCUCCCGCAGCCUGGGCCAGGGUCCCGGGCCCCGGGGCUCCGCACGGCAGGACACCCUGACAGAACAGCUGCGCUGGCUCACUGGCUUCCAGCAGGCCGGGGACAUCACAUCACCCACCAGCUUAGGCCCGGCUGGGGACAGGGCAGAGGGGGGCCCCGGGUUCCUGCGCCGGCCCUCCUCCCGCAGCCAGAGCCGAGUGCGCGCCAUUGCCAGCCGGGCCCGCCAGGCUCAGGAGCGGCAGCAGCGGCUUCGGGGACUGGACCCACAGGACCCCCCAGAGGAGGAGCGGGGCACCCCUGAGGGCGCCUGCUCCGUGGGCCUCGAGGGCUGCGUGGACGCCACAGGCCUCCCUAAGGGCGCCCCGGAGCAGGUGCCUCAUGCUGCUGACAGCCUGCUCCUGCUGAGGCUCUGAGCCCAUACUCACCGCUGCCAGAGUCCCAGGACCCAGCCCCUGGCCUGAGGAGCAAGGGUGGCAUCGGGCCCAAGCUUCUCCACUCCAGGCAUGCAGAGGCCCAGAAUUUGUACCGAGAGGUUGGAAGUUUAAGGCGGAACUUGUGGCAUGAAAGCGAUCCCCAGCCCUUCUCUCUGUCCUCCCUGGUGUCUGGCCUUGGGUGCGUGUGGUAGGUGUUUCCUCCUGUUGUGAGCCUGUCCCUGGGAAUGCCUGCUGUACCGAGCUGCUCUUUCCCCGUCCUCACCCUAACUGCGCCUUGCUCCCGGACGACUGUCCUCCACCAGGGGUUUCUGAAGACUGGAAACUGGACACAGCUCCAAUAAAGGUGUUCACACUG